CCGCCCCCCGGGAAUGAAUGGAUGGGCGGCCUCAGCGCCCGCCCGACCGCUGGGAGGACCGACCCGGCGGGGACCUGCUGGGGGCAGGACCCGGGGAGCAAGAUGGCCACGGUCAUCCCCGGCCCCCUGAGCCUAGGCGAGGACUUCUACCGCGAGGCCAUCGAGCACUGCCGCAGCUACAACGCGCGCCUGUGCGCCGAGCGCAGCCUGCGCCUGCCCUUCCUCGACUCGCAGACCGGCGUGGCCCAGAACAACUGCUACAUCUGGAUGGAGAAGACCCACCGCGGGCCAGGUUUGGCUCCGGGACAGAUUUACACGUACCCCGCCCGCUGUUGGAGGAAGAAACGGAGACUCAACAUCCUGGAGGACCCGAGACUCCGGCCCUGCGAGUACAAGAUCGAUUGUGAGGCGCCCCUGAAGAAGGAGGGUGGCCUCCCGGAAGGGCCGGUCCUUGAGGCUCUGCUGUGUGCUGAGACUGGGGAGAAGAAGCUGGAGCUGAAGGAGGAGGAGACCAUUAUGGAUUGUCAGAAACAGCAGUUGCUAGAGUUUCCGCACGAUCUCGAGGUGGAGGAUUUGGAGGAUGACAUUCCCAGGAGGAAGAACAGGGCCAAAGGAAAGGCAUAUGGCAUCGGGGGUCUCCGGAAACGCCAGGACACCGCUUCCCUGGAGGACCGAGACAAGCCGUAUGUCUGUGAUAUCUGUGGGAAACGGUAUAAGAACCGGCCUGGGCUCAGCUACCACUACACCCACACCCACCUGGCAGAGGAGGAGGGGGAGGAGAACGCUGAACGCCACGCCCUGCCCUUCCACCGGAAAAACAACCAUAAACAGUUUUACAAAGAAUUGGCCUGGGUCCCUGAGGCACAAAGGAAACACACAGCCAAGAAGGCGCCCGACGGCACUGUCAUCCCCAACGGCUACUGUGACUUCUGCCUGGGUGGCUCCAAGAAGACGGGGUGUCCUGAGGACCUCAUCUCCUGUGCAGACUGUGGGCGAUCAGGACACCCCUCGUGUUUACAGUUCACGGUGAACAUGACGGCGGCCGUGCGGACCUACCGCUGGCAGUGCAUCGAGUGCAAGUCCUGCAGCCUGUGUGGCACCUCGGAGAACGACGGUGCCAGCUGGGCGGGUCUCACCCCCCAGGACCAGCUGCUGUUCUGUGACGACUGCGAUCGGGGUUACCACAUGUACUGCCUGAGUCCCCCCAUGGCAGAGCCCCCGGAAGGGAGCUGGAGUUGUCACCUCUGUCUUCGGCACCUGAAAGAAAAGGCCUCUGCCUACAUCACCCUCACCUAGGCGUGGCUCCGGCCCACCUGGACCUCUGGAGCGGUGCUUGUCUACCUGCCUCUCCGAGCUCCUCUUCUCUGCCCGCCCCAGGCCCCACGGGGGAGGAGGGAGGGGGAGGCCCGAGAGGAGGCCGGGCCACCCCUGCCCUCUGUGCGAGUGGGAUGUCUGCCCUGCGGGUUGCUGGGCCCAGCAGGACCCCUUCCCCUCCGCCCCAUCCCUUGGCAAGUGGGCACUGGGGCUUCUGCUCCCCUCAAAGCCAUACCCCGCCUCUGGGCGGGCAUGGGGGGUGGUGGGUGCCAGCCGCGGGCAUGGACAGAGCCUUUUUCUAAAGAAAAAGACAAAAAGUAAAAAAAAAAAAAAAAAAAAAAAAAUUAAUAUAUACAAAGAGUCCUCUAAGGCCUGGCUGGGUGGAGGGGGCGCUGCUGAGAGCAUCCACUGGGCACCAGUCUAUGCCGGCCUCCCGCCUGGCGCCCCCUACCCCCAGUUUCUGGAGUUGCAGCUGUCCCACCUCCCCACCAAGGUGGCACCAUGCCCCUGUGCCCAGGGCGGGCGGGCAUGGUGUCCACCCCUCGCCCCCUCCCGGUGCCCACCGUGGAUACUGCAUGACGUGAACCAUGGUUUUGAACUCUGUUCCCGCCCCUCCCCGGUCACCCCACCUCUGCCCACCGCGUGCACCGCCGUGGCUGGCGGGUGGCAGUGGGGCAAGGCGGGCCCCUGCUCAGCGCCUGCUGGAAUGAGAAGCACAGACUCUGCAACGGACUCGUUUCCCUCCUCCCCUGCCCUCGUCCCUGCCCUGCCAGGCCUGGCUGCCCCCUGCCACCCUCGCUGGCCAUUUCGGGGGUAACGAGGGGGCGCGGUUGUUUCUUGUGGUUGUGUGUGUUUGUUGUUCCGGGUUUAAAAAAAAGGGAAAUUGAGACUGCAGGUGGGGGAGGAGGUGGGUUUGGGGGAACCUCCCCCAAUCCAGGAGUGCCCCCCGCUUGUCGCCGAGUCUCCUUUAUUGCCUGCCUCUGCUGUGAAUUAACUUGUUCUGUGUAUUAAACUGGGCCUGACCCCUCUGCCCACGA